AGGUGAAGAUAACUAAAGUGGAAGACUCUCCUGUAGCCAUCAAAAUGUCAUUCAAAAAACCAAAACCAAUCGAGAAGAAAGAAGACACUCUUCCUGAAAUGUCUGGAUUCAAAUUGAAGAGCCGAUUGGUGCAAGUCAAUUAUCCACCUGAACCCACUAAACUUGUAAUUAAGGAAUUGAAUACAGUCAAAGGUAACGGUGAGCUUUCCCGAAAUGUAGAAGAAGCGUUGGAAACUCUCAAAAAGAAGAGAGUCAAGAAAACAAAGAUUCCAAAAGUCAGAAAAGACAGUCUGGAACGGCCUGAGCUUGAGAAGUACGAAAAAUACCAAAGUAGCUCCGAUGAAACCGAAAGCAAGGCAAAAUACCAACGAGGCGAAAAAGACGAUAAGGUGCCUGAAGACGAGCAAAAGACAAUCAAGCUUGGAAAAGGUAAGGCUAGACCAACUGACGCCGAUGAAGAUGACACUGUCAAAUUGAAGCCGGUACAAAAGAAAUCUCAACUCGCUGAGGAGGACUUUGUCGAAGCGCCGAAGAAACACAAAGCGGAAAUCAAAGAUCAACCUGAAAGGAAACCAAGUGUUGAUAUUGAUGUGGGUAAGGUGCCACCAUUCGACUUUGAGCCAAGAGAAUUAUCCGAAGACGAGACGCCCGAAGUUGAGAAAGAGCCGAGAGACAGUGAUAAAGAAUCACCACCAAAGAAGAAACACAUCAGAAAGAAGAAGGAUAAGCCAGAGCCCGAAGAAGUUCAAGUGAACAUAAAGAAGGGAGUGCCAAAAGAGAAAGAACAACCGCCAGAAGAUGAUAUCAAUCUACAAUACAAACGCAAGCCAUUGCCCGAAGAGAGUGAAGAACAUGUUACAUUGAAACCAUCUGAAAAACCAAUAGGGGAAGGCGAUAAACUAGAAGAAGAAACACAACCAACAGAAGCAACAAAAGAAGUUCCGGUAAAGGAUUACACAGAUAGUGAUACAGAAAAGAAGGAAGAAUUGGAACGCAAGACUAAAAUCGUAAAGAAGAUUAAAAAACCAAAGAAAAAGCCUCCUAGCCCAGAAGAACCAAGCGAAGAACAGCAGUUACCAAUUGAACUUGUUGUUGAAGAAUUGCCAGAAGAAACAGUCACGGUGCAAUUUCCAACUGAAACAGGUGAAAUCGUCGAACAGAAAGUGACCACACGAAAGAUCAAAAAGAAGCAAGGUGAUAAGGAACAAGUUAUCGAAGUCAAAACCGUUGAAGAGGAAGGAAAAGAGCCAGAGACAGAAAUUACCGUUGAGGAAAUUCAUCCAGUCGAACCGACUGCUGAAGAACCUGGAGGCGAAGAGCAACCGAAACAGAAGAAAAAGAAAAAGAUCAUUAAGAAAGUAAAGAAAGAUGACUACGAUGACUACAUUCAGAAGCUUAUCGACCAGGAUAUUCCAAAGACCGAGCUGGAAGAAUUCGAGAAACUAGAAUUCGAAGAAAUCAAAAAGAAACCCAAGAAAGCAUCACUCAUACCAAAAACAAGUGAGGAAGAGGAAGUUCCGACCGAAAUAAUCGUUGAAGAACUGCCUGAACAAACAGUUACGGUGCAAGUUCCAACUGAAACGGGUGAAGUCGUUGAACAAAAGGUGACCAUACGAAAGAUCAAGAAAAAGCAAGGUGACAAAGAGCAAGUCAUCGAAGUUAAGACCGUUGAGGAGGAAGGCAAAGAGCCAGAAACUGUUGUGGCAAUCGAAGAAAUUCAACCUAUUGAACCGAUUUCCGAAGAACCUGCAGGCGAAGAGCAACCAAAACUAAAGAAGAAGAAAACCAUAAAGAAAGUUAAGAAAGACGAGCAAGACGAUUAUAUUCAGAAACUCAUCGAACAGGAGAUACCAAGAACCAAACUAGAAGAAUUUGAAAAACCAGAAUUCGAAGAAAUUAAGAAAAAACCAAGGAAGAAGUCAGCUGUGCCAAAAACUAAGGAGGAAGAGACAACAAGCGAACUUGUAAAAGAGGAGUUACCUAAAACAUCGGAAGUUGUAAAGAAACCCAAAAAGGAGUCACUUGUGCCAAAGACGAGCGUGGAAGAAGAAACUCCCGCUGAGCUUGUUGUUGAAGAGUUGCCAGAAAAAACUGUCACAGUGCAAGUUCCAACUGAAACGGGUGAAGUCGUUGAACAAAAGGUGACCACACGAAAGAUCAAGAAGAAGCAAGGCGACAAAGAGCAAGUCAUAGAAGUUAAGACCAUUGAAGAAGAGGGAAAAGAACCGGAAACCGAAAUUACUGUUGAAGAAAUGCAACCUGUUGAACCGAUUUCCGAAGAACAUCCAAGCGAAGAGCAACCAAAGCCAAAGAAGAAGAAAACCAUAAGGAAAGUGAAGAAAGACGACGACUACGAUGACUACAUUCAGAAGCUCAUUGACCAAGAUAUUCCCAAGGCCGAGCUGGAGGAAUUCGAGAAAGUAGAAUUCGAAGAACCAAAAAAGAAACCAAAGAAAAAGAAGUCACUUGUACCAAAGACAAGCGAGAAGGAAGCUCCUACCGAGCUCGUUGUUGAAGAGCUACCAGAAGAAACGGUCACAGUGCAAGUUCCAACCGAAACGGGUGAAGUUGUCGAACAGAAAGUGAUCACACGAAAGAUCAAGAAGAAGCAAGGCGAUAAAGAACAAGUCAUCGAAGUGAAGACCGUUGAGGAGGAAGGCAAAGAGCCAGAAACUGUUGUGGCAAUCGAAGAAAUUCAACCUACAGAUGAUGAAAAACCGAAGAAGAAAAAGACCAUCAAAAAGAUUAAAAAGGAUGACCAAGAUGAUUAUAUUCAAAAGCUUAUCGACCAAGAGAUACCCAAGACUGAAUUGGAAGAAUUCGAAAAACCAGAAUUUGAUGAAAUUCCUAAAAAAUCAAAGAAGAAGAAGUCACUUGUACCAAAGACAAGCGAGGAAGAAGAAACUCCAAUCGAGCUUGUUAUUGAACAGUUGCCAGAAGAAACAGUGACAGUGCAAGUUCCAACUGAAACAGGUGAAAUUGUCGAACAGAAGGUGACCACAAGAAAGAUCAAGAAGAAGCAAGGCGAUAAAGAACAAGUUAUCGAAGUUAAGACCGUUGAGGAGGAAGGCAAGGAGCCAGAGACCGAAAUUACUGUUGAAGAAAUUCAACCAGUUGAACCGACUGCUGAAGAACCUAUAGGCAAAGAGCAACCACAACUAAAGAAGAAGAAAACCAUUAAGAAAGUAAAGAAAGGCGACGACUACGAUGACUAUAUUCAGAAGCUCAUUGAUCAAGACAUUCCAAAGACCGAGCUGGAAGAAUUCGAAAAACCAGAAUUCGAAGAUAUCAAGAAAAAACCAAGAAAGAAGUCAGUUGUGCCAAAAGCCAAAGAAGAAGAGACACCAAGCGCACUCGUCAUUGAAGAGCUACCAGAAAAAACGGUCACGGUGCAAGCGCCAACUGAAACGGGUGAAGUCGUCGAACAGAAGGUGACCACACGAAAGAUCAAAAAGAAGCAAGGCGAUCAAGAACAAGUCAUCGAAGUGAAGACAGUCGAGGAGGAAGGUAAAGAGCCAGAAACUGUAGUCACAGUCGAAGAAAUUCAACCUACGAACGAGGAGAAACCAAAGAAAAAGACCAUCAAAAAGAUUAAGAAGGACGAUGAUGACUAUAUACAAAAACUUAUCGAUCAAGACAUCCCUAAGACCGAGCUGGAAGUGUUCGAAAAACCUGAGUUCGAUGAUACUAAGAAAAAGAAGCCAAGAAAAGAACAGGAUACACCAAGUGAAAUUAUUGUUGAAGAAUUGCCUGAAGAAACAGUCACAGUGCAAAUGCCAACUGAAUCGGGUGAAAUCGUGGAACAGAAGGUGACCACAAGAAAGAUCAAGAAGAAGCAAGGCGAUCAAGAGCAAGUCAUCGAAGUUAAGACCGUUGAAGAGGAGGGAAAAGAGCCGGAAACCGAAAUUACUGUUGAGGAAGUACAGCCAACCGAACCUGCAAGCGAAGAGCAACCAAAGCCAAAGAAGAAAACGGUCAUCAAGAAAGUGAAAAAGAAUGAAGAAGACGAUCUGAUUCAGAAACUCAUUGAACAGGAGAUUCCCAAGACUGAAUUGGAAGUGUUCGAAAAACCAGAGUUCGAUGACAUCAAGAAGAAGAAACCAAAGCCUGGACAACUGGAACCUAUUCCGAUCGUGAAGAAAGAUCAGAAACCAACUAAGGUGAAGAUAACUAAAGUGGAAGACUCUCCUGUAGCCAUCCAAAUGUCAUUCAAAAAACCAAAACCAAUCGAGAAGAAAGAGGACACUCUUCCCGAAAUGUCUGGAUUCAAAUUGAAGAGCCGAUUGGUGCAAGUCAAUUAUCCACCUGAACCCACUAAACUUGUAAUUAAGGAAUUGAAUACAGUCAAAGGUAACGGUGAGCUUUCCCGAAAUGUAGAAGAAGCGUUGGAAACUCUCAAAAAGAAGAGAGUCAAGAAAACAAAGAUUCCAAAAGUCAGAAAAGACAGUCUGGAACGGCCUGAGCUUGAGAAGUACGAAAAAUACCAAAGUAGCUCCGAUGAAUCCGAAAGCAAGGCAAAAUACCAACGAGGCAAAAAAGACGAUAAGGUGCCUGAAGACGAGCAAAAGACAAUCAAGCUUGGAAAAGGUAAGGCUAGACCAACUGACGCCGAUGAAGAUGACACUGUCAAAUUGAAGCCGGUACAAAAGAAAUCUCAACUCGCUGAGGAGGACUUUGUCGAAGCGCCGAAGAAACACAAAGCCGAAAUCAAAGAUCAACCUGAAAGGAAACCAAGUGUUGAUAUUGAUGUGGGUAAGGUGCCGCCACUCGACUUUGAGCCAAGAGAAUUAUCCGAAGACGAGACGCCCGAAGUUGAGAAAGAGCCGAGAGACAGUGAUAAAGAAUCACCACCAAAGAAGAAACACAUCAGAAAGAAGAAGGAUAAGCCAGAGCCCGAAGAAGUUCAAGUGAACAUAAAGAAGGGAGUGCCAAAAGAGAAAGAACAACCGUCAGAAGAUGAUAUCAAUCUACAAUACAAACGCAAGCCAUUGCCCGAAGAGAGUGAAGAACAUGUUACAUUGAAACCAUCUGAAAAACCAAUAGGCGAAGGCGAUAAACUAGAAGAAGAAACACAACCAACAGAAGCAACAAAAGAAGUUCCGGUAAAGGAUUACACAGAUAGUGACACUGAAAAACAAGAAGAAAUCACACAAAAGAAAACUAAGAAGAUCAAAAAAUCACAAAAACCUAGCACCUUUCUAUCACCUGAGGAAGAGGUUAAAAUUGAAACGGAACCGAAGCCAGAGCCAGAGAAGCCAGCUGAAGAGAAACCAGAGCCAAAGAAGAAGAAGAUUGUGAAAAGAAAGGUCAAGAAGGAUGACCACGAUGACUACAUCCAAAGACUUAUCGACAUGGAAAUACCAAAGACAGAAUUGGAAUUGUUCGAAAAGCCAGAAUUCGAAGAUAUUCAAAAGAAGAAGAAAUCACUUAUGCCAACAACAGACGAAGAAGAGAGCAAACCUGCUGAGCUUGUGAUUGAAGAAUUGCCUGAGGAAGUAGUUACAUUACAAGUUCCAACCGAAACGGGUGAAGUUGUUGAACAAAAGGUGACAACUCGCAAGAUCAAAAAGAAGCAAGGUGAUAAGGAACAAGUUAUCGAAGUUAAGAUGGUCGAAGAGGAAGGAAAAGAACCGGAAACCGAAAUCACAAUCGAAGAACCGACAGUUGUCGAAGAAAAACCAAUCGAACAAGAAGAACAACCAGCUUCAGAAUCUGUAGAUAAGCUAGAGGAAGGAGUAGUAAUCGAAGAAGUUGCACCAAUCGAGCCAAAGAGCGUCGAACAACCAAAACCAAAGAAGAAGAAAUCGGCGAAAAAACCCAAGAAAGAUGACCAAGACGAUUACAUCCAGAAAUUGAUCGACCAAGAUAUCCCCAAAACCGAAUUGGAAGUGUUUGAAAAACCCGAAUUCGAAGAAGUUCCAAAGAUGCCAAAAAAGAAAUCACUCGUUCCAAAGCUAAGCGAAGAGGAAGAAGCACCUAGCGUUGAAGAGUUACCCGAAGAAAGCGUACAAAUUCAAUUGCCGAAGAAAGAAAUUAUUGACGUGAAACCCACGGAGGAAGUGACAGAAGAAGUGACUGUUGUUGCUCCUAUCAAGAAAGAUGAUCAAGUGGAGGAACCAACAACAGAGAAAGUCAUCAAAAAGAAAAGUCGACCAAAGGAUAAGGAUAGUGAGGCUGAAAUCGAGCUGGUAAAACAACCAGAAAUCAGCAGUGUCAUCGAGGAAGUUGAAACAAAAGAAGAUGAACAGCCUAUUGUCGAGCUACCAGCUGAAGAAAUUCCAGAAGUCAAAACUGUUCCAUCUGAAGAAACAACAGAGGAAAUUGAAAAACCAUCCGAGGGCGAGAAACCAGCGCAACCAGAAGAGGUGAAAAUGGAUGAGCAGCCAUCGGAGAAGACUGACGAUCGUAGAACAUCUGUAUCGAAAACGAAGAAGAAAAUCAAAAAGAAGAAGACUAGCGACUUGGACGAGGAGUACAUUCAAAAGCUUUUGGAUCAAGAAAUAGAAAAAACCGAACUGGAAAAAUUCGAAAAGCCAGAAUUUGAGAAACCACAGAAGAAAUUGCCGGACAAGGGCGAACUCGUGCCAUUGAAGAUUGAGCGAAAAGAACAAAAGCCAACCAAAGUGAAGAUUGUUCCAGUCGAAGAGGUCAAACCAGUAAAACUUAAAGCUAAGAAACCGAAACAGAUCGAACCGGAAAUUGAAGAAAAGUCUGAAAAACCACGUCUCAAGAGUCGCAUCACAUAUGUUGACAUUGAACAACCAUUGACAAUGAAGAUCACAGACAUUGGUGCAGUCAGAGAUCAUGGUGAGCUAUCGCGAAAUAUCGAAGAGGCUGAAAAGAUUCUGAAAACCAAAGCAAAGAAAUUCAAGCAUAAGUCAACGCGAAAGGAUAGCUUGGAAAGACCAGAACUUGAGGUGUACGAAAAAUACGAAAGCAGUUCUGACGAGUCCACAAAGAAAGAACCGUAUCAAAGAACAAAGAAAGAAACACCGGACGAAACAACUGACACAAAGACCCUAAAAUUAGGUAAAGGAAAGCAACCGGAAGAUACUCCCGAAGAGGACGUAAAAUUCCAAGUCAAACAAAAGCCUUUGCCAGAAGAACCAACGGAAGAAGUUGUUUUGAAACCAUUGAAGAAAGGCAAAAAGGAAGAUGAACAGCCCGACGAUGAAACGGUGCAUGAAUUGAAAUUGCCCAAGAAACCGGUAGAUGAAGCUCCUGAAGGGGAUGAAGAAUCGGCGAAGAUCAAGCUGAAGAAAAAGAAGCGCAAAACGCCGAAGGGUGAAGAUGAAGCAUCCAUGGAUGUUGUACUAUCACUGAAGAAGAAACCAAGUGAAGUUCAAGAGGAAAGUGAAGAAGAGGCACAAUUCACAUUAGCCAAAAUACCGUUGAAACAAGAACAAACUGAAGAUGUAGAAGCACAAGUCAGUUUGAAGCCCAAAAAGACAUCACAGGGUGCUGAUGAAGUAGCUGAAGAUUUGACAUUAACUUUGACGCCACAACAACCUGAAGAAGAAGAACAAGAAGAGGUUGUUCUCACAUUCAAACAGCCAAUUGAAGAAACGAAGCAAGAAGAUACCGAAGAAAGUGCCGUAUUUACGAUCGAAAAACCAGCAGAAGGUCCAGCACCAGAAGAUGUUUCAGAGAAGUUGAAGGUCAAAAAGAAGAAAACAAAGAAGGCAGUCACAGCUGAUGAAUUGAGUGUGACUAAAGAGGUUGUGAUCGAACCGGAGCCAAUAACAAUUGAAGAAGUAGUUGAAGACGUGCAAAUCGUUGAGAAACCAGACGAAUCAAUUGAUCAACCUGAUUUAGUUGAGUACCCAGACGAAACCAUCGAACAACCUGAACCACUUGAACAACCAGUGGAAAUAACUGAACAAGUCGAAGAGCCUGAACUCCUAAAGGAACAAAUCGACGAAGGUGAAGAUGUUACAAUCAAAAAGAAAAAGAAAUCAAAAUCAAAGCAACCGUCAACCGAGGAAACGGCUGAAGAUGUUACAUUGAAAAAAGCAAGCGAUCAACAACCACAAGCUGAAACAGAGCAAGAGGAUGUUGUGCUGAAAUUGAAAAAACCUGUCGAGAAAACGGUGGCAGAUGAAGCUGAAGAUCAUACAGUGUUUACCAUCGAAAAGAAGGCAGAGGGUCCAGCUCCAGAAGAUGUUUCAGAGAAGUUAAAGGUUAAAAAGAAGAAAUCAAAGAAAGAAACUGCAGCUGAUGAAUUGAGUGUGACUAAAGAAGUUGUGAUUGAACCGGAACCAAUUACUGUCGAAAAAAUCGUUGAAGACAUUCAGGUAGUUGAAAAGCCAAUUGAAGAGAUUGAAGAGGUCGAUGAUGCUACGUUGAAACCAAAAGAAGACAAGAAGGAGGAAGGAGAAGAAGAGGUGGAUCAAGUUAAGAUCAAAAAGCCUAAAAUGAAGACAACUAAAACCGACGAGGUAGAGGCAAUGGUAUCUUUGAAACCAGAAACUGAACAACUAACUGAGGAUGUUAAUGAAGAUAUUACCGUCAAGAAACGUAAGGAAGUUAAAUUCGCCGAAGUUGAUACGGCAGAAACGAUUAAAGUUGAAGAAAAGCCCGAGUCAGAUAAUGAGGCAGAGUUCACUGUUGGUAAGCGCACUGACAAAACGAAAGGCGAAGACAUUGAAAGCGAGAUAACUAUUCGCAAAGAAGAAUCAGAUAACGAGCCUGAAGAUGUCGUAGCCGAGUUUACCGUGAAGAAGAAGAAAGAACCAAAGCCUGCAGUGGAAGAACACAACGACGAAUACACAAUUAAAAAGUUGAAGAAACGCAGACGGUCACAAGUUGAAAUUCCCGAAUACACCGAUGUCGAACAUGUGACAUUCCGUCCACGAUCAACGAAAACAAAAGAGGACGUUGAACAAGAGUUUAACAUCCAACUUGAUUCGUAUGCAGAGGAAGAGAUAUCGAUGUCGGGCAAAGUGAAACUUAAAAAGACCAAGCCACCCACAUUCUCUGAAGAGGAUAAUGAGGCUCAUAUUAAAAUCACCGAGAAGUAUGACGACAAAGAGGGGCCAAUUAUCGAAGAAAUCGACGAUGAUGUCAGUGCUGCUGAGGACACAAUGUAUGAUAUUGAUGAACCAGAAGAAUUUUCUGAUAUCGAAGAGUUGCCCGAGCACGUUGAAUUCAAAUUAAAACCAAAGAAAACGAAACCCACCUAUGUUGUUGAAGAUCUUGAUGAAGAGUAUGCUGUUGGCUUCACACAUCGCAAGAAACAGCCCGAAGCUGUUUCUUAUGGUGAAGACUCAUUCACUUUACGAACACCAAGCCGUAGACUUCCAUCCAGCUACUUAGAAGAAGCGUCGCUGUUCCUCACCAGAGAGUUUGCUCAUGAUGACACCAUUAAAGACGAAGACAUCAUGUACUCGUACUGCACAUACAUCGCCGAAAAUGCAGAAUCUCUCAAUUUGGUCGAGGGUGAAAAAGUAUUCGUUCUCGAAAAACACAAUGCUGAUUGGUGGUUUGUUAAAAAGCCGUUGACUUCUGAAAAAGGAUGGGUACCAUCACAAUGUCUAAUGGAUGCCGAUUCAUACAAACAAUAUGUUGAGACGAAACUCAAUGAGAAGAUUGACAAAUUGCCAGUAUUUGAAAAACCAGGACCUGAAGAAAAAACAUUCGCUCCCAAAUUUAUCGAAAAACUUCAGCCAAUCACAACACCAGACGGAUACACAAUUCAGUUCGAAUGCAAAGUGGAAGGCAAUCCACGACCUCAGAUUACUUGGUUCCGGCAAACGGCCAUUAUCAAGCAAUCGCAAGAUUUCCAAAUGUACUACGAUGACGACAAUGUGGCUACGUUAGUGAUUCGAGAGGUAUUCCCUGAAGAUUCGGGAACAUUCACUUGUGUUGCCAAGAAUUCAGUUGGUUAUGCAUCAAGCACUACUGAAUUGACGGUUGAAGGACCACUUUCGGAUCACGGUUCAGAAGCUGGUGUACUAUCACGAAAGAGUUUAUCUCGUGAGUCUUCAAUGGCUGAUAUUCUGGAGGGUAUUCCACCAACGUUUUCAAAGAAACCACGUGCACAGUAUGUGGAUGAAAAUACCAACGUGAUACUUAAGUGUAGCUUAGUUGCAGUCCCAGAGCCAGAAAUUUGUUGGCUGUUCAACGGCGAGGAAGUUCACACAGAGAAAAACGUAAAGGUUGUCACUGAAUCCGAUGUGCAUAUGUAUUUGUCUGUGGUGCACAUAACAAAGGUGCAAAAGGCUCAAGAGGGUGUCUAUGAGGUAGUAGCACGAAACAGAGAAGGCGAAUCGCGGCUGCCGAUCCAACUGAAGGUGCGUACAAAAGACAAAGAGUCUCCACAAAUUUUGGAACCUUUGCACAGUCAAACAAUACGCGAAGGUGAAAGUGUUGUUUUGAAUGCACAAAUCGUUGGGAAUCCAACGCCAAAAAUCACAUGGCUUAAAGACGGCAAACCAAUUACUGCCAAUGUAAAAUCAGACAAAGACACCCACUCUCUCACACUCAUUUCACCAACCAAAGAAGAUGCCGGCGUUUACACCAUUAAGGCCAUCAAUCCAGUUGGAUCCGUUGAAACAGUUGCCAAUCUUACGAUUGAAGAGCAUGUACCAGAUCUAGAACCACCAUUCUUUAUCGAACGUUUCGAAGAACAAACCGUUCCACAGGGCAGUCGAAUCAUUUUGCCCGCCAAGGUUAGUGGAAAUCCAACACCAGAGAUAACAUGGCUUCGCAAUAAUGUUCCAUUGCAUCCAUCGGAUCGUAUCGAGCAAGCGUUCGAUGGCAAAAAUGUUGAACUUCGUAUCAAUAAUGCCGAUGCAGAGAAGGAUUCUGGAGAUUACAAAUGUAUUGCGACCAGUCCGUUGGGCAAAGUAUCGCACGGUGCUCGUGUCAUUGUAGAAGUUGACGAUGUUACGUUCACUAAACAACUGAAGAAAACAAUAAGCAUUCAAGAAAGCCAAACCCUAACUCUGGAGUGUGAGACAUCUCACUACACGGUAACGAAGUGGUAUCACAAUGGGAAGGAGCUGACCGGUAUGGAUCAUCGCAUUGUUGUACAAGAGAACAAAGUGCACAAGUUGAUUGUCAAGGAUACAACACCAAAAGAUGCUGGAACAUACACGUGCACAAUCAAAAACCAUGAAACAACAUCGACGGUCGAGGUCAUCGAAAAGGUUCCGCAAUUUGUGAAAACGAUCGAAGAUUUCGAAGUUAAAGAGCUCGAAACAGCAAUUCUGGAGGUUGAAAUCACAUCUGACACAGCCGAUGUGGUAUGGCUUAAGAAUGGCGAACCACUUAAAGAAGAACCUGAAAAAAUUGUUUUCGUUAAGGAUGGAAAGGUACGCAAGGUAAUAAUUAAAUCAGCGAAUGUAACUAAUGAGGGUGAAUACACUUGUCAAUUGGCUGAGGAAGCUUGUACCGCAGAAGUGAGCGUUAUUGAACUACCACCGGAAAUUAUCAAGAAAUUAGAAAACGUAACCGUGGCCAAGGGUGAAACCGCUGUCUUCGAGAUUGAACUCACCAAAGGUGACGCUUUGGUGAAAUGGUUCAAGGGCAAGAGAGAAAUCCAUUUCGAUGAUCACAUACAAUUGACAAUCGAUGGCAAAAUCCAGAGGUUGAAGGUGUGUGACACAGAGCCCGAAGACGAAGCGAAAUACUCAUGCAAAGUUGGAAAUCAAGUAUCAACGGCCAAACUAUUUGUCGAAGAACCGGACGUAAAAUUCACCGUGCCCUUGCCAGAUGUUACGCUUGCUCCAAAGAAUACAGACAUUGAACUUACGGUCACAUUGUCACAUCCAGAUGUUGAGGUGACAUGGUGCAAGAACGGCACACCAAUCAAAGAAGGACCAAAACACAGCAUUGACGUUGAAGGCACCGUAAGACGAUUGGUCAUCAAGGAUGCCGAUGAUGAUGAUAUUGGUGAUUAUACCUGCAUUGCUGGAAACACCAAGUCCAGUACUCAAGUUAAACUUGAGGAAAAUCAAUUGCCACCAACAAUUCAAUUGAAGGAGAACGUCUAUAAAGUGCGCGAAAACGAAGAUGUCACAUUUACAAUUCCAUUCACUGGUGCACCAAAGCCAGAAGCUGAGUGGUACACAUCGGGAACUGUGGUCAAAUCAACUCCACGUAAGAAGAAGACCCUCGGAGAAGAUUCGGCAACAUUAACAAUUAAAAAGGUUGUUGAUGAAGAUGCUGGCGAAUAUACGAUAAAACUUACGAACCCAGUCGGAGAUGUACAAGCAUCGCUCACUUUGAUCAUUUUGAAACCACCUUCUGCGCCUGGGAAACCCGAACCAUUGGAAGUGGCCAGCGACUCUCUGACCCUAUUCUGGAAGGCACCAGAAGAUGAUGGCAACGAUGAAAUUAUCGAAUACAUUUUGGAGUACAAAGAAAAUGUUUCAGUCAACUGGAUACAAAUCACACAGAUCACAGACACAUCGUACAAGGUUGAUAAACUUAAAACCGAUUCAGAAUACGCGUUCCGUGUUGUGGCUGUCAAUAAAAUUGGAUCAAGUCCACCGUCUCCAAUAUCGGAAUACAUACGAACAACGGCUCCAUUCGAAAAAGAGAAACCAACAAUUAUCGAGCCAUUGGUUGACAAAUUCAUUGGUUUGAAUGAAAAACUUACACUUUCUUCUGUUAUUGGUGGUGUGCCAGUGCCAAAAGUGACUUGGUAUAAAAACAAGAAGAUCAUUGAAACGGAAGAAACUACAUACGAAAACCGGGUCACCAAGCAUAUCAUCGAAAAGACUACCAUUGAAACGGAGGCCGAGUACACAUGUGUAGCAGAAAACGAAUUGGGCACAGCUGAAACGACUUGCCGUGUCACCAUUCAAGAGAAACCAACCAUUACCGUUGAAGAUAAAUACAUCAAUCAAAAGAUUCGCAAAGACAAGACUUAUACCAUUAAAUCAACAAUUUCCGGUUAUCCAGAACCAGAAAUAACUUGGUGCAAGGAAACAGUGUCGAUUUCAACUGAUACACGUGUGAAAAUCACGCGCCAAGAUAACGAAAUCACUCUAGUAUUAUCUGAUGUUGUGCGUGAAGACAGCGGCAAAUAUAUCAUUACCGUAAAGAACAAUGCUGGUGAGGCCACGGUCGAUUUAACACUCAAAGUGAUCGACAAACCAGAACGUCCAACUGCACUCGAUAUUACAGAUAUCAAGAAAGAUUCGGUUGUAAUCGCAUGGACGCCACCAAUCGAUGAUGGCGGUCUGGACAUCACUAAAUAUGCCAUCGAAAAAUGCGAUCCAGAGAAAAUGGUGUGGAUUAAGGUUGCCGAAGUUGAAAAAGCUAUUGUGACAUAUUGUGUUCAAAAACUUUUACCAAAUGCUCAAUACAUCUUCCGUGUCGUUGCUGAAAAUCCAAUCGGUACAUCUGAACCAAUUGAGAGCACACCGGUAACAAUUAAAUUGAAGAUCGAUGUUCCCAGUGCACCUCGUCCACCGAUCGAUGUAUCUGGUAUGACCAAAGACUCAUUGAUACUGUCAUGGCAAGAGCCAGAGAAGGAUGGUGGCAGCAAGAUCAUUGACUACGUCGUUGAAUACAGAGAAUCAACCGAAAAAGAAUGGAAAUCCGUAGGCACAACUGAAGGAAAUCAAACGUACAUUCAUGUGAAGAAGCUCAAACGUAAAACGAAGUAUAUUUUCAAGAUUUGUGCUCGAAACGAAGCAGGCGUUGGAUUACCAUUAGUUACAGACGAAGCAAUUACCAUUGACGAUAAAAUAACACCACCAUCACCGCCACAAAAUCUCAUGGCAACGAGCGUAACUAGCAAAAGUGUGACAAUUCAAUGGGAAGCGCCAUUGAGCAAUGGCGGAGCCGAACUCACUGGCUAUAUUGUGGAGAAACGUUUGGCAACGCUCUCGUCAUCAAUCAAAUGGACCCGUGUGGUUACACUCGACACAUAUUGUACACAAUAUUGUAUCGACAAUUUGAAAGAAAAGUCUGAAUAUGUAUUUAGAGUACUUGCUGAGAACUCAGCUGGCCUCAGCGCUCCAGCAACAACGGAGAACAUUGUACUCAAAACACAUGCAACUGUCCCAUCACCACCAACUGCACCGCUUGAAGUGCGCGGCAUCGGUGUCAAUACCAGCAUAUUUGAAUGGGGCAUUCCAGAAUCUGAUGGUGGUGCACCAUUGGAAGGCUAUAACAUCGCAAUUCGUGAUCUAAAACGAACAAUGUGGAUCGAAGUUGGACGUGUUUCAGCUGAUAUGCAACGAUUCCAGAUUCGCGAUUUGCAUGAAGACCACGAAUAUAUGAUUCGAAUUUUCGCUCGCAAUGAGGUCGGCCUAAGUGAUCCACUCGAAUCAGAAGAACCAUAUAAAGUUUUGCCUAUGGCCGGGCCAGAUCUUGGCGUAGAAGGCAAAACCGAUAUGACUGAGCCAACGGGAUACAGUACGGAGAAUACGUCAUCUUGGCUAAGAGACCACAAUAUGGAUGCCGAUAUUUCAUCAUACGCUCGAUCGAAACUGUUGCGGAAAGAUGAAUACUUCUUCCGAAUUUGGCAUCAUGCUGGCUCGUUGUUCAAAUGAACACCGAAUUUCGAAACUCAAAAUUAAUUCAAAUAGUUCAUUUCACCAACAAAAACGAACAACAUAUCAACACCUAAUUAGAAAAAUACUAACAUAAAUAACAAAUAUCAUUUAAGUUUGACACACAACUGUAAAUUAAUCAUCCGCACAUUGUCGCGUGCAAUAUCCAGAGGAAAAAAAGCCAUUUGAAUUCUUUUUCGUAGGUGCGUAUGGAAAAGAAUUUUCAUCGCUUUUUGGAUGAUUUUUUUUCCCUUCAUCUCCUGACAUAACAAACAGGGAAGCAUUGGUUAAAACUUGUUCAAAAACUGUGAUAUUUCUACUCAUUUAUAAAAAUCGAAUUAUGACGAAUGAUACCGAAAUUGAAAAAAAAAAAUGAAAAGAAAAACAUUUAAUUGUUUCAAAGAGAAAUUUACUCGACAGUGUAAAUAACCCGAACGAUUUGUUUCUAUUGAAUUAUUUAUUGAAAUUAAAAAUAAAUGUGUGGAUGAUCGAGAGUUCGAAAUGCAAAUUUAUAUUGAUUAAAACUCAAGCUCAUUGUUUUUGCGAAGAAAAAAAAACGAACCAACGAGAGAGACAUUUUCGUACAUAAACAAUUAGCUUUGGAUUUAAUCAAUAGUAGUAAAAUGAUUUGCUUGAAUAUAUACAAUGAUUGUUAUUUUUCAAUAAAAGUGAAAUAAAUAAAAAUGAAAAUUAAA